CUCCCUUCCAUAUCUACAAAGCACGUUGACAGAGCAUAUUUUUGUGUCUUGAUUUUGGUGAUGCUUGAGAAAUCGCAAGGUUAGGUAAAUAAAUAAAAGUUACAAUUGUAUUUGGUGGCAGUGUAUAAUAUCACAGUGCCCCCCCCCCCAAAUAAUAAUAAUAAGAGAAGGACGAUGGAAGAUUUUCAUAAAUGUAUUGAGAGAUUGCAUAAUGCAAAGAGUGAUGCUGACAAAUUUGCAGCCCUUCUUGUUUUAGUGAAGACUCUGAAAACAGAUGGCUAUGACCUGGAUUAUAUACAGCAAAAGGAUAUUUUUGAUGCAGUUGGAUCAUCAUUUUUACAGAGACUGUUACAUCCACAUCAUGAUAUAGGUGGAUGCCCUCAAGAAAUCUUUAGGUCAGUUGCUUUAACAGUUUUAGCAGUACUAUCUGGUUCUCCUAAAUCACCAGCACAUGACUUUAUUUGUAGUAAUCUUGAUACUUUUAAAGAAAUCCUUCAGUCAAAAGAAGAACCUAAUUCUUUCCAGGAUUUAAUUGAAAAAGAUAUUUUGCAAUGUUUAGUAAAUGUUUGCUCUACAGAAGAAGGUAGAAAUGGUAUUAUUUCCAAACAGUUUGUGGAUUAUCUUGUAAAUGUGGCUAUAAAUUAUCUGAUGGACCAUGAAAAAGCCAUGCAUAUUCUAAUGACCCUCAGUCAUUAUUUCAAGAGUGAUCUGUGGACUCGGGAAGCUGCUUCAUUUUCUGCAGUCAUAAACUUUAUAGCUUCUGAGUUUAGAGAAGAAACUACAAGUCGGAAGUUUGAGCUUUGUAAUAUCUUAACAAAGUUACUGACUGAUAAUCCCAGAUGUUCAGCAGAUGUUCAUGCAGAUUGGAGUGAAAUCAUACAAGAAGGCUUGUUUGAUCUGCUGAAUAACCAACUAGGAAAAGCACAAUGUCGGGAUGCGUUGAAGUUGGCAUGUGCAAUGGUGGAGAGAUUUGGAUUACUUUGGAUGUUGAACAGUAAUGAUGAGACAAAAGCAAUUAGAAAAGAGUUUUGCCUUUUGAUUCAUCUAGUGUGUAUAGAAGUUCAAAUGAUUUUGAAGGACCGGUCAGUAGAAGAAAUUGUUGAGAAUAUAGACAUGCUUUCUGCUUGCUAUACAAUUCUGGAGGCAACCACUACCAUAUUGUGUGAUGAGUCUGUAUGGCAAAUUGAUUCAGGAGCAGAACAAUUACUUACUCCAGUUAAUGAAGCAUUUAGAGCUGUUUUAUCAUUUUUGUUAAAAGCAUCAAAAGAAUUAGAUGAUUGGCUUGGUUUUUCUAAACAUAAACAAUAUUUAACUCUUAUCUCAGUCAAAGCUCUUUCAGUUUGGUUGGCAGAAGAAACUUUUUCUCUGAAAGAAGAAGCAUGUAUUGUUAUUCCCAACCUCUUAAAGAUAGGACAGUGCAUGUUUUGGGAGAAAAAAGAAGAAUUUUUGAAGGGUACCUGUGGUCAAGACAGUGAUGUCAUUUCUUUUUUGACUCCUGCUUUGCAUCACAUGAGUGCAGAUGACACAACUCGUAAAGUUCCCCAAAAUGCAUCACAACUUUUAGUUGAGUAUCUUGAUUUCCAGUGGCUAUUGUGGAGAAAAGAUAUGAACAAAGCCUCUGAAACAUGUAUCAUUACACUCUGUGGAAUUUUCAAGAAUCUCGUGAUUUUAGAAGCAAAGAUGACAUCAGAAAGUAUGUUGUUCUUUUCCUUGUUAAAAUUUCUACUUAACACAGUUUUACACAUACCUCGAGGGUUUGAACAUAUAACCCUUAAGGCAAAUAUUACAGUCCUGGGACUUCUCAUUGCUAGGCAACAUGCUCAUAAAAUUAAAAGCUGUGAGAUGAGCUUUUGCCGUUUUCUUGCAGCCAGUGUGAAGUUUCUCUGGGACUGUCACCAGGUGGAAGAUUCACAAGAUAUCCCAGCUUUAGUUAUUAUGCGAGAAUACCGUAAAGUGUGGAGUGACAUUAUGGAACUCUGGUUUCUUGGAAUGAUAGCACUCUCCAGUCUCCUUUCUCAUGUUCCAUGGGUGGCUCCCUUUCUUCUUGAAAGUGGUUGGCCUCAGCAUAUAGUUUUGUCACUGGGGAAGGUGAGUUGUAAUGGAGUAGAUGCAAGCAUUAAGUCAGCAUAUCAGGAGUUCUUGUGCUCUUUACUGCGAAACUGCCCAGACGCUAAAGAACAGCUUUUGAAUUGUGGUGGUGUGUUGGUAAGUCAAAUUCACGAGUUGAGAGAACUAGGAACACUUUUGAAAUGACAUAAAUUUAUAUCAACUAAAGAGAACAGAGAAUUUUAAGUUGUUUAAUUCAAUAAAACUGAGAUUCUAGUAGAUGUGAUCAGUCAAGCACUGGUGACCUAUUACAUUGACUUGCUUUGAAAAUGUGUUUAAAAUGGUUUUAUCAUCAUUUGUUAACAGUUUAAUAAGAUCAACAAUAUCAGAACAAUGGGUGCUAAAAAGUUGAUCAGAAGCUAGGAUAUAUUCUGUUCUUUUAUCAAGGUUUGUUACGUAAUAUGAAAAUAUAAUAGUACAAAAGAAUAAAUCAACAAAAGUUUUAACACUUGAAUUGUUGGUAAUUGCAUGAGGUGCUUUUCAACAGCAAGCAAUGUUCUGGAACUUGCUUUUGGAAUAUCUUUGUGGUUUAAACCAGUGUUUAUUGUAAGAUCACCUUUUAUUGAGUAGUAUAUAAAAUCCACUGGUGAAAGGUAAAUAAUGAUAUUUAAUAAUGUUUGCAAGUAGAAAACUAACAUAUUAGUACUAUGUGUGAUAUAAACCAGUUUGUUUGAAUUAGGUGUAUUUCAGGAAAUGGACAAAAUGAGAAAAAAAUACUGAUGAUAAACUGGACAUUUACUGUGUAAUUUGGUUAAGCAGCUAGUUACAAUCUUUAAUGAGUAGUUUGGUUACCCAUGUAACUACAGUCUUUAUUGUGUAGUUUGGCUAUCCAGGCAGCUACAAUUUUUAUUGUGUAGUUUGGUUACCCAUGUAACUACAGUCUUUAUUGUGUAGUUUGGUUUCCCAGGCAGCUACAAUUUUUAUUGUGUAGUUUGGUUACCCAGGCAGCUACAAUCUUUAUUGUGUAGUUUGGUUACCCAGGCAUUUACAAUCCUUAUUGUGUAGUUUCGUUACCAAGGCAGCUAAUAUCUUUACUGUGUAUUUUGGUUACCCAAGUAGCUACAAUCUUUACUGGGUAGUUUGGUUACUUAGGUAGCAAAUAUCUUUAUUGUGUAGUUUGGUUACCCAGGCAGCUAAUAUCUUUACUGUGUAUUUUGGUUACCCAAGUAACUACAAUCUUUACUGUGUAGUUUGGUUACUCAUUUAGCUGUAACCUUGACAACAUGUUUAAUGUGAUAGACACAAGUUUAUUUAUUAACAAUAUUUUUGUAGUUUGGUUUUGAUCAGACUUUCACUUACAUAAGUACUUACAAAUGAUUAUAAAAGUAAAUUUUUAUUUUAAGAAUGAAGAGUUCAUUAAUUCAAGGAAAGUGUUGAAAUGUGGUGUGUAGGUAUCUUUUAUUUUGUAAGAGUUCUUAAGAGUUGGUAUAGUAUUGUAUACAAGACAAAGUUUUUGAACUGUGAACUGCUCUUCUCGUAUAUAUGUAUAUUUUUUUCCUUAAAAAGUUCCUCAAACCAUGACACUGGCCCUGUUUCUCUAAUACUAAAACUUUUUUCUUCUGCUUGAAUGUGUUCAAAAAAUUCUUGUAACAUUUUUAAGUUCCAAGGAUAGUUAUAUUUGAUGGAAAGCUCCUAAUAAAACUUGUCUGAACUUUUUAAGUUAUUAAAAAGUUGUCAAAACUUUUUAUGCUUGUCAUCAAUUAAUAUUUAUCUUAAUUCUUUUAGUGUAUUUAUUUAUUAUUGAAUAAAUUUCUAUUCCAUCAUGAAAUGUGAGGAAAGUAUUAAACAUUAAGAUCCUUGGACAUAAUGUAUAAAUAUUUUCGACUUUCCAAAAUGGAAGAUGGUGAUGAGAUUUUAAGUCAAAUAUUCUUUAUUCUUCAAAAUUCAAGGUGAAAAAAAAAUGAAAUGCCCUUGUUUUUGUUUUAGGAAGCUGAAAUUUGUACUACAUACUUGUCAAGUAUUGAAUUGUUAAAAGUUUUUGACAAGCAGUGAACAUAUCUUUAUGUAUGAUAAACAAAAUGUAGGAAAAUGUGUAAAAACAUUUAGAAGUGAAAUGUUAGAAUCAGUUAUGUGUAAGUUGUAAUAUUUAAAUUUGAGUUUUUGUUUUCUAGCCAAUAAUGAGUGAUAGGUUUUAUAAGAAACGAGUGAAAGAAGAUAAUAGAAAAAGAUAUAGAGCACACCAUAUCUGAUAUGUUCAAUGCCAAUGAUUCCUUUCACCAAAUACCAGGGCUCUUCAGGCUGGCUAGAAUACAACAAUAGUAGUAAUAGUGUUUGAGACACUUUAUAUGAUCUAGCUGUUUAAACAAAAGCAACUGUUUCAGUGAGAACUGGAUUAAGUUGGUGAAGUGUAUAGUUUACCAAUUUUAUUUGUCACUACACAUUGGAAUUAGGGUAAGGAUUUAUUAACAAGGUUAUUUAUUUUAAAACUAAGUUGUUUAUCAUUAUUCAUAUUUACUUGAAUUAAUCAACUCAUCACUUAAAAGAAAUACAAUAACAGCAAAUUUUACAGUAGGCAUGUUCUAAUUUUAAUAAUUACAACAUUUUGACCCAUAUUAUCGAGUUAUCAUCAGGUAAGAGUCAUAUUUGAAUGUACCUCUUACCUGAUAAUGAUUUGAUACUAAGGGUCAAAACAUUGUAAUUGUUAAAAUCAGAACUUGCUUUCUGUAAAAGUUGCUGUUGUAUCUUUUUGAAUUAACUAUUCAGUUCAUUACCAAACAUUAACCUACUCGUUAUUCAGAAGAACUGGUGAACUAGCAAACUGAUUAUUUUAUUGAAACCAGUAUCAAUACCCAAAAAGAUUAUAUUGGUGUCUUUCUCCUUUAUUCAUCAUGUUUAUCUACUUCAACCUCUUGAUUAAAGCUUAUUUUCAGUGUAUUAUUUAACUAGUACAACUGUGCAAUUAGUGGAACUUGUUAACUGAUUAACUGUCAGUUUUGUUAAUUAUGUUCAACAAAUCAAUUAUUCUUACAUGAGACUAGGAAAGUUGGAAUAAUCAAAAAUAGUAAUAAUUGGAAACAAAUUUUGAUUAGAUGAUUAUUAUCAUAAAUCAUGACAAUAUUCGUUUAAGCUAAACAAUCUGAAUUAAAUAUCAUAAUGAGAAAAUAUAAUGGCAAAAUUUUGAUUACUUGUAUAGUUGGAAGAAUUGGACAAUUGAUUUUGAUUAUUUUAUGACACACUAUUAAACAUCUCAUUAGGUUUAACUAACUAAGGAAAUUUAGGUUAGUCCUAAAACCAAGUUAUAAAUUGUGUGUACAUUCAAGUUAGAAAGCUGCUUUUAUAAGGUAUUGACAAAAUCCUGUGACUUUAUAUAGUACUAGUUAUGCUGAUUGUGAAAGUUAUGACAAAAUUGUUGCUUGGAUUGUUAUUAUGUAAAUAAAAUACAGUAUGAGCAUUAUAUGAUUAAUAUAUACAUAGAUGAAAAUAGUAUUUUUAUGAUGCAUUUUUAGUUCAGUUAAAUGAUAAAAUGUUUUUAUGUUUUCUUGUUAGAAACCCACUGUAUACGAUUUUAUACUUUAAAAUGUUUAAAAUUCCUUAUGCAGAUACUUUUCUCCAGCUUAAAUAACAAAGUUAGGUUUUUAUGUGUUAUUGUGAUAUUCACUGUUGAGACUGAUUUCCCAACAACUAUAAGGUAGAUUGCUUUGCAAUAAUGGCAGAGUUCACCCAGGAAAUUUGAGAGGACUUUUGUAAUAGAGAGAAUUAGACUUAGUGUUCUCUUUAGUGUAUAAAUAAUAAAGCUGGAUGCAUUUCCAA